GACUGAUCGAGUUGGCCCCAUGUCCGAUGUGAGCUAUGGCUUCUUCCCCACGGGCAAAGAACUGUUCUCGGGCGUGAAGUGGAUCAAGGAGCAUCCUGUGGUGGCCACCGCCGCGGCCGUGGGGGCUACCGCGAUUAGCAUUGUCACUUACUUCCGGGCAACAACGCCCAUGACUUCGUAUGACCACCAAACGCCCAAGGGAACACUCAAUGUGAGGGAGCGCGUGGUCAGUUGGUGUGACGUGCAUGUCAAGACAGACGAUUCACGCCCCCAAGAGUCGACCAAAGACUCCCGCAGCCACCAUAAACACGAAGGCGAGGGAGACCGCACAACCGACGACGACGAGGACGAUCUACUCGACGAGUUGCAAACCCUCGCCAUCAAGGCACCCGUUCCACGUGAGGCAGGGUGGGACGAUGACCCUAAUGCUGGAAACGUCUCGAAACAGGACUUGCACAAUGCAUCGCCACAGUGGGGAUGGUACGUUGCUAUCACCCCCCCCACCGACGGCACUCCAGGAACUGGUUUGCCUCGAGCUAUUGCCGACCCCCUUCAGGGAUCAAUCGCGACGUCGGCGUCCUUGAUGGGACUCAAGCGAACGCAAUCGGCAAGGCUGCGGUAACAAUGUUAAAUAGUAGAGUUCACUAGUUCUGUCAAUGGGGUUACAGCGCGAACGACGUGUCGUCGCUUGACACGCCUGCUGCGACGUUACGUUG